UGUUAUAAAUUACUUAAAAUUAAGCAAAGAAGACAGUGGAGUGUUUUUAUUGACGUGCUCGCUCUUUAAAUUUUGCUUCAUCAUGUUCAAAGUGACCGUUCUAUUUGCUUUGCUCAUUGCGGUAUAUGGAGAAGAUGUCAAAGGCAGUGCGUUUUACCGACAUUUUAUGGAGAAGAGAGCAGCCUCUGUACAGGGAUCUGACUCGGUAGAAGCUAAUAAGCCUUCUGGCAAUGAUAAAAAGGGUUUCGUGUUUCAGUCUCCAGGAACACUGGUCAAUGGUCAGGGUAGUUAUGGUGGUUUUAAUGGUUAUGGUGGUUAUGGUAGUUAUGGUGGUUUUGGUGGUCUUGGAUGGGCUUUUGGACAUGGUUAUGGAAAUUAUGGUCGCCUUCACCCAGUUCCCGUUGCCGGGGUAAAAGCCUUGUCUGUAGCUUAUGACGAGGUGUCAGGUGUACCAUACGUAUGCGACCCAAAUAAGACAGGAGGUAAUUCCACGCAAAAUGACACAUCGGAAAAUGAAACAGAGAAAAGAAGCAAGAUCCUAAAAGACAAGCUAGAAAAGAAAAAGAGGGAAAAUGACAAGCUACAGAAAGAUGAGACGAACGUGGAAAAAGACGCAGAUGACGUGGAAGAGACUGAAGAAGAGAAAAAAGACGAAAUCAAGAUAAAAAUUCCAGACUACCCACCGUGUCCUGAUCCCAAGAAAAGCUUUCCAUGGAGUUGUAUAAUGGGCAGUAAAAGCGAAAAACGUAGCGAAUGUGCCACAGCCAAAAAGGCCAUCAGGGACGCAUCGGGGGGCAUGUACCGACCUUUGGGGGGCAUGUACCGACCUUUCUUUGGCAACAGACUUGGAAUCCCCGGAGGCUACAAUAUGGGUCUCGUUGGAGGCUAUGGACUCCCUAUUGGAUUACCUUAUGGAUAUGGUAAUUUUUUGCUUGGUUAAAGCUUCGAGAUGAAUCUUGAUCGAAGGAGACGGCGCAACGGCAAAACGCUUGUCGCGAAUGUAGCAAACAGAGAUAUCGUACAUCUUGUAGUCUUGUAUUUCAAUGUGUAGUUUAUGAAUCAAUGUAUUUAAUUGUAUUGUGGAUUUAAUAAAUAUUUCUUUUCCCACGUCAA